CGGAAAGAAGCCGUCUAGGCAGAAUACAGCUGCAGCCCAGUUGCAGUUGUAGAGAUGAGGGGAAAAGUCGAUGUCUCUCGUGCGAUCAGACAGUCAUGUACAACAAUUUGGUCGGAGGAGGUCCAAUACUGCACAAUCAAUUCUUCGCAAUCCCCCUGGAGCACCACCGCCACCUCUGAAGCUUAAGCUCGGAGAUGUCAAAGUUCUCAAUUCAUGGGUACACGACCCGAAGGAGUCGUCCACCGCCAUAUUGAAUCAAACAUGGUUGCCCGGUGUAGCAGAGGGAGAUAUGCUGCAAGUCUCGGGUUGCAAUGCAGGGGAUGCUGCUGCUGGGUAUCUGUUCAUGGUUCCAAAGGACGAAGGCUGCUCGAAGUCCGCGUUACAGAUUUCACUUCCAAAGAAUGUCGCAGACGCGUUUGGGAUAAAGAACAAUGGCGAAGUGACCGUCACGAAGGUGGACAAGCAGCAGUAUUGCGCAGAUUAUAUCGAAUUCACAUUUCAAGACCAAUAUCUUGGUCGAAAUGAGAUGUGGAGACUAGCCGAACACCUUGUAGGACAGUGUGUGUUUGUCGACCAAGACAUUUCCUUCAUAAGUGUGAUUGCCGCCAAGAUACAAUCUAUCUAUGUCAAGGGUCGAAAGGUAUCUGCAGGAUACGUUACUGCCACUACCAAAGCAAUGUACAGGUCUCUCUCCGCAAAGGUCACAAUCUUUAUUCAAGUCUGCCGUGAACUCUGGGAAUUCGCGGGAGAUGGCGAACGUUUCAAUGAGAAAAUCGUACACUCCUUUCUCCCUGCCCUAUUUGCCAAGUGGCGCGAGGCUGGCACGAAUCACACAGUGACUAUUGUGCUUAUCUCGAGGGUGUACUACGAUGCCUCCGAAUUAGAGUAUGCCGCAGGGCCUCUAAGACGGGAUGAAGACGGUCGAUGGUACAAGGAUUUCUACAAGGUUAUUACUGAUCUGGAGGUCAUCCAUGACUGGAAACCCACACUUGUGGCACUCAAAGUGUCCUUCUGGGCCUUCCAAAGGGACAUUUUACUCACCCACCACUACCACCAAGCCACUGUCGAAUCUACAGCACCGGAGCAAGCCAGACUUGUUGGCCAGCUAUCGGAUGCACAUGACGGACCUAUUUUGGAGGCUCUUAACCUGGGUCUCAACCCAAACGAAACGCACUACAUCGAUCGGUCGCUGUCAAACACUGGCGCGUCAACCAUCCUCAUCACCCCUGGUACAGGGUAUUACAAAGUAUCCAAACAAUUACUCCGAUUAACUACAACUCGCAUGCUAGACCAGGGCUUCGGUUUGGAUCUCGUAUCAUUAGCAAAACGUCCUCUACAUCAGACUCCUAUAUUCGCGUUCCAGGGAUACGAGCCACGCUUGGACAAGGACGGGAAGAAUGGCGGUCGAGCCCUAGAUCCGCUCUGGGGAGGUGACGAAGACCCAGACGAAACCAGGAGGUUGGAGAAGACUACGUUCUGGUGGGAACCAUUCUGGAUCGGUGUUUCCUUCUGGGAUAGGCAAAUGGAUCUACCUUUUCGCGAGGACAGGUUCGUUGCCAGAGCAAAAAUGCACGAGAUACAGAUGCUCGGGCUGCUUGAGCACGAUGUCCUUUCUGGCAUAGAGGUUCCAUACCUCCCAGAGAUACGUGAUCCGUACUCCACGCCGCCACGAGACAGCUUUGCGGAAGAUCGUGCUCCUACCCAAGCAGAUGCUGACCACGCUGACAUGGAUAUAUUCGUCUUGAAGAAAGAGUCCCGGCCCCUCGCCAGUACCCGCACUUCAUACGGCUCUUCUGCUGGGACUAUUAUUGCCUCAUCCUAUCGUUCAUCGAUCAUGAAUGAGAGACGGGGCCUAGCAUCACAACGCAGUUCGAUCGCGUCCACGCGUAUCGCACCGAUCGAAGAGAGCCCCAGAAGAAUCAUGAUGGAUCUACCUCCUGAAGGCAAUGAAGACGGGUCGCUACCCUCCGUGACCGGAUUCAACAAUGUUAGCACAUCUCCUUCGCAGUCCUCCAUACGUUCAGUAAGAACAAACGCAUCUAUUACAACAACCAGCCACGGAAAUGACCAGCAAUCGCGCAACACGAACUCUUCCCGUUUGGCCAAAAUUGCUACUUCUUGGUUCUACAAUCCUUUCCAGAGAAACUCGAAUGAAUCUCAGACACCUCCUGUUUCUGCUUCAUCAGUCAUAGGUCCUACCCCUCCCCCCACUCCAAGCAUGCGCGUCCCGAUCGCGUCGAAUCUCCCUGCUACACCUUCUGCUUCGCUUUCCCGCUCACCUCAGCCAAUGGCCAUAUUGCACGGUGCAUCUGGUCGAUUGGCUCUGAGCAGAACGUAUGAGGAAGAAAGCAUGAUUCCACCUCGAGGCUCCUUGAAUCGUCACUCACCAUUGAACACCCCUCCUCGUGAUGAAGGCACCUUUGGGAAGAGGCGCAGUACAACAUUGAACUCGCUAAACCUGCUCUUCUCGUCGUCAUCCCCAGUGGCUCCUCGCACCAAUCCAUCACGACCACAGUCUGCAGUCUCGUACGCGCAGUCGUCACUUGCCAGACGCUGGCAGCAUGUAUUUCCUACACCCACGUACAAGCAUGAGGUGAAGUGGAAGUCUAUGGUCACGCCAGGGUGCCUUCCGCUCACGAUGGACCACUUCCCCAGCAACUCGGAGCUGGAAUUGUCAUAUGAUGUCUUCUCGUAUGACUUUGUCGUCGAUCCAUCCGAGAUGCGCUCCUUCCUCGUGAAGCCGCCUUCUGUUCAGGGGAACACUGAAGAAGUGCGACGUGCGUGGGCACUCACUGUGAUGCGUGGGAUGGUCGCCGUUCGACUUGCACAAGGGUUCCAGUUUGUUCUACGACCACCUAAAACGGGUGAUGCUGAAGACCAUACUGCCAUGCGGCGGACGAAAUCUUUCAUGGGCGAGGAUGAUGCCUCCCCAAAGCCAGCUGGGGCAGCAGAAGUUCUCAGGUCUACCAACGUGCCUGUUUACUUGAGCAUGAGCAACGAGAUACAUCGGAUAUCUUAUACCGGCGAGGCGAUCCAGGUGAGGCGAUAUGUGAGAAGGAUGCCGCCGACACAACCCUUUGAGUAUGAGUGUCUCAUCUGGCCCAAGCUUGGGGUGGGGUAUACGGAGUUGAAGACGAAGUUCGUCUCACAUGGGCUGGAAAAUUUCGGCUGGAAUAGAUUGGACAUGCUGGUUGCUGGCUAUGAACACCAGUUUAAUGAAUCCUUGAGAUACUGGCGGACUCGAUUCGUGGUCAUUCCGACCGUUGUCCCCGAGGGUAACGUGGGCCCUUCUGGAGAGAAGCUUAAUGAAGAAGAAAUCAGGCUUAUGGGGAUCGACAAGCUUGCCGAAAUAUUCACAAAAUUGCGGUGGCAACCUCCGGAUGAACGUGGUUCACCCGUUGCACCCGUGCGCGUCCUUCCUACGACGCUCGGCCCCGUACACUCGGUCAUGGACGAGUCGCUGAUGGCACAACUCGACGAGAUACACGCCGCAGGACCGCUGAAGAAGAAAAUGCAGAGCACCAGGGAAAUCGCAGACACCUCUCUUUCGAUGGUUGCGAAACUCAUGCGUGAAGAGGAUGGCGUGCCGAUCAAGUUUCAUCAGUGGCAUGGGGCGAAAUAUCCUGAUUCUUUCACUGGGUUUGACUUUGUUUCGUGGCUUGUGCGCGAGUUCCGGGAUGUAUCGUCGAGAGAGCAAGGUGCUGAAUGGGGAGCGAGGCUCCUUGAACAAGGGUUAUUUUCUCACUGCCGAGGCCGCCAUGGCUUGCUUGACGGGCACUACUUCUAUCAGCUAAACGCUACUCCGAGAGGAGGAUGGAUCAAGCAAUCUCGUUACAUUGCGGAUGAGGUUGGCGUCACUAGACCAGGGGGAUAUUACCCAUCCAGUCUUAGUAGACCCAUUGGGACCGGUCCCAGGCGGAACAGGAAGUGUCUGAUCCUCAGCCAAACCAUGAUCAUCGACAUCGACCCCACGAAGCGGAGUGACCAGGCUGAAUCGGUAGUUCUUCACCACGACAUCAUUCAAAACCCUGGGACAAUCUUUCACUUCGAGUUGCAAUGGAUCGGAUCCACUGCUCGUUGCAUUGAAGACUCGCUUCGGCAAUGGAGUCGGGCGAUUGAGAGGUAUGGCCUCAAAUUGGUCGAGGCCUACGUCACGGAAAUCGGCGACAUCCGAGAACGCAACGCGUUCCAGUCUUGCUUCCCUUUGCGUUUGGUAAUACCACCACCCAUCGUUCCAGUCCUCGAUGUGGAAGCCACAAACCUAUAUCCGAAGGAUGUAGACGUCUCCUACUCUUAUCGCCGAGCACCAUUCAAACAUUCGCAAUUCAUACAUCGGUCAGGUGUCGCCUUUGUGCAAGUUAUAGGUGGUUCGCAGGGACUCCUGUUCCUGACUAACCGAUUGUUGGGUCCAGGUCGCAUGGGUAGUGCAAUGAAGAGUAAGGAACAGAGACCCGAAGCUGCGGCUGAAGAGAUUCGGAUAAAAUUAGAGAAGUUCUGCUCAGAUGAAGCCGUAUUGACGAAGUUUUAUGAUGAGGAGCUGGCUGCUCUUGGGCCAGACGACCCUCCACCACUUAGUAUAUGAUAUAUUU